AUGAGAUACACCACGAGGCCACUGCGGUUGUCAAGCUGCCUCAGUGCUGCUCGUAAAUGCCAUUGGCGACCGAGACCGUCUUCAACGUUGCAGCAUCUGAGGCAGGACGCCGUUGCCAGCUACCGUUACAUCACUCAUCACCCUGGAUAUCACGAUGGUGACGUUAACCAUCCUGACGCCCACGACGUCGUGCCUUGGUUAGCCAAGCAGCCUUUGCACCCGUUGAGCCUUGCCGAUCUGGUGAAACAUGGUCGCCCGCCGCUGUCCGCCGAGGCGCUCCUGUCGUCAGCACGAUUCACCCUCUCGCUGCUUCCUAUACGGCUGGCCCAUCGGAUACAGGCGCUGCGCAACCUGCCGUAUGUCGUCGUGUCCAACCCCAACAUCAGCAAGAUCUACAACAACUACCAGCACUCGCUGUCGACUCUGCUGCCCUGGCAGGGCCGCACCAUCAGCAACCUCGAGGACGAGAUCCGCUUCACCGAAGUCCUCGCCGAGCUGGUGCAAACCCACACCGACACCAUCCCCAUCCUAGCCCGCGGCUUUCUCGAAUGCCGCAAGUACAUCUCCGCCGCCGAGGUGACGCGCUUCCUAGACGAGCACCUGCGCGCCCGCAUCGGCACGCGCCUUGUCGCCGAGCAGCACAUCGCCCUGCACUUCAGCAGCACACCGCACUUCGACCCGGGCGCGAGCCCGACACCCUGCCCGGAGCACCCCAACUACAUCGGCGUGAUCGACACGGCGCUGCGGCCGGCCUCCAUCGCCGACUCGUGCGGGGGGUUCGUGGCCGACAUUUGCGAGCUCAACUACGGAGUGCGCCCCCGGUGGAUCGUCGACGGCGAGCCCGACACCACCUUCGCCUUUGUGCCCAUGCACCUCGAGUACAUCAUCACCGAGCUGCUCAAGAACGCCUUCCGCGCCACCGUCGAGAGCGGCAUGAGCCGCGAGCCCGUCGUUAUCACCAUCGCGCCCGAGCCGCCCGACGUACGGCCGGACCCCCGCCCUGUCCGCCUCAACCCGCCCGAGGAGAACCGCGGCGCCUUCCGCCGCGAUGCUAUCGCCCCGCUCGACGACAACGCCCCCGGGGUGACCAUCCGGAUCCGGGAUCGCGGGGGAGGCAUCCACGCCGACGUACUGCCGCACAUAUGGGGGUACUCGUUCACCACGUUUAGCGACUCGGACGACGUGCCCGGGGGAUCGUCGCCUCUCUCGUCGUCGUGGAACAGCGACGAUGCGCUGAGCAUCAUCUCGGCUGCUAGCAGCGGCAGCAGCUCCAUCGCCGGCCUCGGCUACGGCCUCCCUCUUAGCAGGGCCUACGCCGAGUACUUUGGCGGGGGCAUCGCGGUUCAGAGCCUACAUGGCUGGGGCACUGACGUGUACCUUCGGCUGAAAGGCGUUGGGAAUAUCGCCUGA